CUCAGACGACAACACAGAAGAACGAAGCAACCACAGGAGACAGACACAACAACUCCCACAACACCCACCACACAACCUACGACGAUAUGAGUGCACCAAAGGACGAUGCCAUGGGGAAACUGCGAGGCAUGCUGGGCGCAGUCAUCAACGGCGUCCAAGCAGGGUUUCAAAAGGAAGUUGCACAGAACAUCCUCAAGGAAAUCGAAAUGGGAAACCCACAGCAUAUCAAGAUUGUGAUCAGCAAGAUUCUGGACGCCACGUUGGUGGACGGCAUCCCCUCUGCGAUCAUUGGCGAUCUUGCGCUGGAGCUGUUUCACCAGUCGAAGAGCGAAGUCUUCUGGAAGGCGCUCUUGCAUCGACUGCAAGCUGUGUUUCAGAAGCGAGAGGACUACUGGCACCAAGUCGCCAACAUUCUCGCUCGCCUCGUUGUGUCGGAUGGCACCACGGUGAAUGCACCGGCGAAGGAUACACUGACACACGUCCUGACGGAGAUGAUGAAGAGCAAGUACCCCGACAACCCGACGACGGCGUGUGAAGCCCUCAUGUACGUCCUCAUCAACGCGUCCCUUGCAGACGAGGACAAGAAGCAACUGCAGCAGCUGCCAGCUCUCAUCAACGAGGCCGAUUUCGACUUUGAGGAAGGCAGUGAUGUGCUCGAGCUCAAGAAGCAAAUCCUCGCCGGCAAACUGGAGUCGCCAGGCGACGCAAAGCCCGACGCGCCCGCCAAGGAAGAGCAACAGCCACCAGCGUCCACGAAGGCAGACACCACACCCCCACCUGCCACCACCACCACUCCCGCCACAACCACUACAACCACUGCUCCAGUGACGACAAGCACGACACCGCUGGUGCCUGUUCUCUCUGCGAGUGCGCCCGAGUAUGUUCCGUCGGGGCCGCCGGUGCAGCUAGCACCACCACCACAGCAGCAGCAGCAGCAGCAGCAGCAGCCACGUUUCGGGGAGCAGAUGUCAUGGAUUGACUCUUACGACGGCGUUCCGGAUGACAUUCUCGAAGAAGCAAUCGAGGAGAUGCUUGACAUCGCGGAGGACUUGUCGGAGGAGGAGCAGCAGCAGAUUCUGGACGAGCUCUUGGACGAGAAGAUGAGCAAGGCGUGACCGCCAUCAUCAGCCCAGAAGCGCUCGCAUUGCACACAUACACGCGCGCAUACACGCAACCACACACUCUCUCGUUUGUGCCUGCUUGUCUGUGGACUGCGCUGUGCUGCUGGAACCCCUCUGGUCUCGUUUGUCUGUGCUUGUGAAAGUGCCUGUUGUUUAUGCUUCAUGUACGUACAUGUGCUGCUGUUACCCCCCCCCCCCUGCUUGUGCGCUGCUGCCAUUGCACCAUCGCCAUGAAAUGCCCCACCAUCAAAUAUGCAAAACAAAGAACAUUAAAUCGAAUGUAAAUAACGCAACAAG